AUGGCCCCGACCUCGGCAGCGCCGGCGCCCUCGCCAUUUAUAGCAUACGCGUCGGCCGGCCCCGCCGCGCCGCCGCUGGCGCCGCCGGUGCUGCUGCCAGGCCCGAACGGCGCGCUCCCGGCCCCAGCCCUCGCGCCGCUGCCGCCGGGCCCCGGCGGCGCCGACCUCGUCCCAUCUUUGCUGCCGGCGCCGCCGCCAUCGCAGCCGCGGCUCUUGCCGCUCGAUGCUGCGGCCUCCGAGGCGCCGCCAGAGCUGAUCUCUGAUCUUCUAGAUCAGAUCGCGGAGCGCCGUGCAGUCGAACAGGUGCAAGCCGACGUCGCCGCCGCCUCCGCCGCCGCCGCGGCCGCGGCUGAGGCCCGGCGCGCCGAGCUCGCGCGAGAGGCGGCGGAGGCCGAGCGCCGCGCGCGGCGGGCGCUCGACGCGCAGCGGGCGGCCGCGCGCGUCGUUGGCGUGUGCGCGGCGGCGGCGCUGCUGAUGUAUGCGACGCGCACCAGCAUCAGCACGGCGAUCGUGCCCAUGGCGGAGCAGUACGGAUGGGACAAGCGGUUCUGCGGUACAGUGCUCUCGGCCUUCUUUGCGGGCUACAGCAUAACCCAAGUCUUGGGCGGCCAGCUCAGCGACAAGUAUGGCGGCUCCGCCGUCCUCGCCGCCGGCCUCGCCGCGUGGUCGAUCUGCGCGCUGCUCACGCCCGCCGCCGCCGCCUACGGCGCCCCGGCCCUGCUCGCCGCGCGCGCCGGCGUUGGCAUGGCUCAGGGCGUCGCGUUCCCGGCCAUCCACGCGCUGCUGGCGCGCGCCGUCCCGCCCGCGCGGCGCUCGGCCGCGAUCGGCGCGAUCAUGGCGCUCGCGCACUGCGGGACGGCGCUCGCGUUUGGGCUCAGCCCGGCACUCAUCCAGUUUGGGGGCUGGCCGCUCGCCUUCCACGCGUUCGCUGGGCUCGCCGCCCUGUGGGCGAUCCCUUGGCUGGCGGUGCACCGUGGCCUGGCCCAGGCCCCCGCAGGCAAGGAGCAGCAGCAGCAGCAGCAGCAGCAGCAGCAGCAGCAACAGCAGCAGCAGGAGAAGCGGCCGGCUGCGGCGGCGCGGGCCGGCGCGGGCGCAGGCGUGGGCUUCUGGCCGCUGAUGCGGCGCAAGGAGGUGUGGGCGAUCGCGGUGGCGCAGUACUCGAGCUCUUUCGGGCUGUAUGGGCUGCUGGCGUGGCUGCCCAGCUUCUUCAUGGAGCACUGCGGCCUGCAGCUCAAGCAGCUGGGCGCCUUCACCUUGGCGCCCUACCUGCUGCAGGCCCUGGUCGGCGGCUUUGCAGGCCUGGCCGCAGACCACCUCAUCACACAGCGCCACUGGUGCGACGCGGCAGCGCGCGGCGCCGCGGCGCCCGGGACGCUGCGCGUGCGGGACGUGCGAAUCCUGAUGCAGUGCGCCGCGCAGCUCGGCCCCGCCGCCGCGCUGACGCUCGCCACGUCGCCGCUGGGGGCGGGCUCGGCGGGCGCGGCCCUGGGCUUCAUCACCCUCGGCAUGGGCCUGUCGGCCCUCUCAUCAAUUUUCCUGCCACUGCUGUGCAGCAGCCGCGUUCCCCCCGCCCCGCUCGACUGCACCGUCGCCGCCUGCCGUGCGUCGUCGAUGGUGACGUCAUUGUGA